GAAGACCAGAUGAGAUGAGGCCCCAAUAAAACAAACUCAUAAAAUGGCGAAGGAAGUGAAAAAAGGAGCUGAAAAAGUGCCAGCAAAGGGAACUGGAACAGCAACAGUGAAGGAACUGGAAAAACCUGCAAAAGUAGUUCGAAUCCAGAGGUUCUUCUGGCGGAGGAAAAUUGCCCCAAACCCAGCAGAGCCGGGAGCAGGAGCCCCGUUAAGUGUGGAGGCAAGGGCCUUUAAUCAGGGAGAAGGAAUCCUCUCUUUUCCAUUUGCUCUCUAUGUUGCCAUGAUGGUGCUUGCGGCCUGCAUUUUGGUCGCAGUUGCUAUGGUCUUUAUGUAUAACCAUGAAAUUACAAAAAGAAACGUAUUUCAAGCGGGAGUGAAUGACAUUUCAGACUAUGUGGCCAGGCUAUAUCCAGAAUUCCAGAAAUUGGGCGAUAUUCACAGACUGGAGGCAGCUAUGAAUUUAUCAUUAAAGGUCGCUGAAGCAGAGCAAGCCAAUAAAGAACUGCAAGAAGCAAUUGACGACAUUUUGCAAAGGCUUAAGGAGCACUGGUCGUUGAAUAAUCAGAUGUUAUACUUAUUUGAUAACAUGAAACUACCACGGACUUGGCACGAAUGUGUGGAUUACUGUGUGAUGAAAACCAGUGAAUUGAUUAGUAUUGAAAGUAAAGAAGAGGAGAUGUAUGUGGAAUCGGAACUCAUAGGCGAAGGGAAUGAUUACUGGAUUGGAUUAUAUAAGAAGAGCAAGAGCUGGUUAUGGAUUGAUAUAAACAAUCCUCUGAACAUUUUAUACUGGGAUACAACAACGUCACAGCCAAAUAAUAAAGGGUAUGCAGGUCCAGGAACUAAGAACUGUGUUGCAAUAAGAGCAAAUUGUGGAAAUCAGUUGAAAUGUUGUCUUGAGUACGGCCACCUGCUGCUCCAGGUUUCUCACUUCUUCUUCCAAUAG